UAAAACUUCCCAAUUUAACUCCGCAUUUGUCUGAGCAAUUUGUACGUAUCACGCGAAAAAAUAAAUAUUUAAGCAAAGUGGUGCACGCGUUCUGUCCAUUUAUGCAACCAGCGCGACCUCUUGCUACUAGUUUGUAAAUCUCAAAAGGCAGAGUGGUCAAUGUUGAAGAUGAGGUCGGUGUCUCGACGAAAAUUGCUGCCUAAUCGCGAGGGAAUGGCAUCGAAACAGGCGUUGUGAAAUUGCUGAUAAGGGAUUUUUAACUCUGGUGCAAAGUUCAACGCAAUCGCCUCCUAACCUAUACGCUUUGGGCAAAUCGCCUGAAAAUAGAGUUUUACAUGUGAUUGGGGUGAUACUAACCAAAAACGAUCCGAUGUUCAAGCGACGGACUUCAUUUAAGGAUAUUAUUCUCGGCAUCAAAAAUGUCGUCACCUCUUCAGAUACUCAAUUCACGAAUUUUAUCAAGAUGGACAAGGUCUUAAUUUUAUCAAAACUAUCACGCUAUGAGUUUGAAAAAAGGAAAUACAACAUCGACAACGACCACGAACUCGAAAAAAAACUCAGAAACAGAGGAACCGACUUCGAAAAGCUAAUGCAGUGCCACGUUCUACACAAAAACUUCGAGAAAAAUGUUGUCGAUACAUUAUGUAAAAUGGGCAUAAACGUAGAAGUUGUAAACCGAUUCGACUACACAGACGAAAAAGUCAAAUGGGCCGACGUAAUCAUGCCGACCGGUGGGGACGGAACUUUUCUCCUUGCUUCCAGCAGAAUCAGAGACAACUCGAAACCCGUCAUAGGGUUCAACUCGGACCCUAGUCGAUCGGAAGGACAUCUGUGCCUCCCCAAAAAAUUUUCUGCAAAUAUUAGACGAGCCGUAGAAAAGUUGCAAAGUGGGGAUUUCGAGUGGCUGUUGAGGAGCAGGAUAAGGAUAAAACUGAUAAGUCAGAGGGGGGAAGUUGUUCCGAAGUGCUUGCAUGAACUGCAAGAGAAUUACUGCACGGCCGUGGUCGACGGAGAUCCGACAAACAAGGGCGUGUUGCCAGUGCUGGCCCUGAAUGAGGUUUUCAUCGGUGAGACAACCUCCUCCCGAGUUUCCCACCUGCAAAUGAGGCUCAACGGUUCCAUAGAACAAACCAGCAUGAAGUGUUCGGGGGUUUGCGUCUGCACAGGCACCGGUUCCACGUCGUGGCACUUGAGUAUAAAUAGGAUUCCAGCCCAAAGUGUGGCAGAACUAUUAGAAUUCAUCGAAAUUCCUUCUUGUGCCGAUAAAGAGAAAUUAGCCGAAGAAGUGGCCGACACGUACAACAAAAGUCUCAUCUUCAGGCCGAAUGAUAAACGCAUGAGCUACACUAUUAGGGACCUGAUAUCCGCGGGGGUGUGGCCGUGUCCUAAGGGUAUUAAACCUAGAGAUUUCGUGUCGAAGUUAGAAAUAAAAUCCAAUUGUUACGAUGCAAGUUUGGUGGUGGAUGGGGGCGUUUCGUUCGAUUUUAACGAUGGGACGAUCGUCUUUCUUGAGAUCAGGCCGGAGGACGCCUUGAGGACUGUUUCAUUGACAGAGUGAAUUUUUGUUUUGUAUAAAUAACUCCUUUAAGGUUGUAAGUUUCAAGCUCGGAGGUAGGAUAGGAGCAGGUGUACAAUAUGUGUUUACUAUAUUCGAUUGAAUUUUCUUUGGUUGCAGCGAGUGCAUGUAUAUUUUCUGACGUAUUUUUUAUUAUGUACGCUAUUUUAAAAUAAACACCGGUCUACUGAGUU